AUGAAUGGACGAGGCCGGCUCUUUAUUGAAGUGUUACGGAUUCUUCCUCUGCUAUCUCAAAACAACGAUGACGAUGAUGCUAGCAGCCCAGCCUUUCACGUAGUUGGCCCCUCGCUGCCAAACUUCGGCUUCAGUCAGGGUGUCCAAACGAGGUUUUGGGCUCAGUAUGCAGAAACCUGCAACAAGCCGAUGCACCAACUGGGGUACCCUGAAAUGCACUGUUACCAUACAGCGAGGAUGUAUAAGAGGGCGCUGAAGCGCAAUGAACUGUUCGGGAGAGAGGGAAAAGGUGAGUUGGAUGGCUUCAUGCGUAUUUUACGUGCUCUAUCAAAUGCAAAUCAAAAGUGUGAUAAAUAUGCACAUGGCAGAGUUGGACAAGCAAUGAGGAUACAAUACAAUGCUGACCCCUCAAAAAAGGCUACAACUAUAUUGAGUCUACAAAACCUCAAAACACUCGUCUACGCUCUCCACGACUCCCCCAUUGUGGCUUGGAUCAAUGAGAAAUUGCACGACUGGUCUGACGCAUACCCCUGGACAGAUGACGAAAUCCUCACCUGGAUAUGCAUAUAUGCCUUUAGUCGUGCGGGGCCUGGUGCUGCACAUAGGAUAUACUUUGAAGUUGCCCAUGCGGAUGCUGCCAUCAAAAACCAGUAUGGGAAACUGGUGACACUCAAUUAUGGAGGUAUGCUGGAGUAUACUGAGGAAGUGAAGAUUGGGCUUACGUAUAAUCCGAAAGAACUGGAAACGUUACCCACUCGAUGGGGUGGGACAUUUGGGAAUGUAGUGUUAUCAGGCGGAGAAUGA